AUGUACGAAGAGCUUGGGGCUCACCUGUGUGUGUUGCCGCCGAAUGCGACGUCCGUGUGUCAACCCUUGGAUCUCGGACUGCUCGAAGACAUCAUCGUUGGCGAUGAUGAUGAUCCAUUUUCACUUACCGCGCGUGAAAAGCGCAUGGCAUUGGUCAAGCGGUCGAUUGCCGCGUGGGACCUCGUGUCGAGCCAAGAGAUCUGCCGCAGUUUUGAGAAAGCUCUCUCUCAGGCCCAAUAA